UGCUAUGGAUGUAAGUUUCUUUUUCAAGUAAUAUUUUUUUUUUGUUAAAUUUUAAAUAGGUAUCACUCGAGAAAUGGCUGCCAGUACCUAUUCACCUAAAGAAUGCGGCAAAAAUAAAUAUGGUGCUGAUUGUACUGCUUGGUGUUCACAAAAGAAGACUUUUUGUCAGAAUAUGUUGUUCUGCACAAAUAAUCAUAGAUGUUCAUGUGCAGCUGGAUAUACUGGACCUUUAUGCAAUCAAGAAUGUCCUGAAGGAACUUACGGUCACGGAUGUCAAAAAAUAUGUUCAAACAAUUGUAAAACUCAAUGCGAUAAUAUUUUAGGAACUU